CACAGGAGUACUUAUCAUCUUUAACAAGUUCUCAUAGUACAAAAAUUUCAUUAAUCCCUCAAAACUUAGAUCAAGAGAUAUGGAGUUCAUUAAGCAUAAUGUUAGGGAGAUAAUGCUUCUACUAGCCGUGAUUUUAGUUUUUGGGGCUGCGCCGAUCUCCGGGCAGGUCGCGUCGUCGUGCACGAGCUCCCUCAUUUCGAGCUUCACUCCGUGCUUCAACUUCCUCACCGGGAGCACCAACGGCGGCGGCAGCGGGUCUCCGACCACCGACUGCUGCAAGUCCCUUGCUGGGGUCAUUACCAGCAGCACCAGCUGCAUGUGCCUGAUACUGACAGGAAAUGUCCCUUUUGGCCUACCAAUCAACCGGACCCUGGCCAUCUCGUUGCCGCGGAUCUGCCGCUCGAUGUCGGUGCCCCUGCAGUGCAAUGAUGUUGCCACUCCACUUCCUGGCCCAGGUUCUUCUAUUGCAUUUGGACCUGCACUUCCCCCACUAGCACCGACGCCACCACAAUCGUCGAUUCCUCCUCUAACCACAUUCUCACCACCAGAGGCGACUUCCCCAUCCCCCUCGUCGUCGGUCGAGCCCGUGGCUCAAUCACCGACCACUGGAGAUCGAGGAGUAAACCAAGGCCAACGACCGCUCGUGUUAUCGAGCUCGGCGACGAAACACUCCCAAUACUACUUAGGGUUUACUGCACUUUUCAUGUUUGUGUUUAGAGUGGUGGUUUUCCUUUGUUUGUUCAAAAUGUCUCUCAAAAUGCUCGCGCUGUUCUUACCAGUUCUUGCCGCUCUGUCGGUGGUUCCGAGCGCGUCGGCGCAGUCGAGCUGCACGGCGGCGCUGGUGAGCCUGUCGCCGUGCCUGAACUACAUCACGGGGAACGAGAGUGAGCCGUCGAGCUCGUGCUGCUCGCAGCUCGCGACCGUCGUCCAGGCGGAGCCGCAGUGCCUCUGCCUGGUGCUCAACGGCAGCGCGUCCUCGAUCGGGAUCGCCGUCAACCAGACGCGCGCCCUCGGCCUCCCCGCCGCCUGCAAGGUCCAGACCCCGCCCCUCAGCAAGUGCAGCACAAAUGGUGCACCCACUGCUGCUCCAACCACACCAUCCACAACCACCCCAUCAACGCAAAAUGCUCCUGCAGUAAACUCUCCACCAGGUGAAGGUGGAUCGAAGACAGUGCCGACGUCAGCCGGAAUUGCUCUUCAAACCCCGGCCCCUUUCAUCUUCUCCCUUCUCUUUGCUGCGGCAUUCGCCUCCUCGGCCUUUUAGACCUGCUUCUUGUUCAGCUGUUCUUAGGAGAUACUGUGACAUGUUAGAUGCAUCAUUUUGAUUCAUUUGGAUGUAUGGAUUACAUCCUAUGUUUAUGUUUGCUUUUGUGAGUGUGCUUUAUUUUUGAGCUUAUUUCAUUUGUACUACAUUACUUAUAGAUAAUAUUUCUUUUCCUUCAAUAAUAAAUCAACACAGUUUACACUUA